GACGCCGGUUCCUCCGGGGCUGGGCGUGCAGCGCUGGGCACCGCUAUCGGAUUUGGGAGGCCUCACAGUGAUCCUUGUCCCAUCCCUGCUCCCCCCAGCCACCCACCCCGCCUCGGAGACCCCACGGGACGAUGAACGUGCUGGCUCCGGUCCGCAGGGACCGGGUCAUCGCCGACCUGCCCCCGUGUUUUCGGAAGGAGGCCGCCCUGCAAACCCGCCCCGCCUUCCACCCCACAGUGGCCAGCGCCUGCCAGGAGCAGCGGACGGGCACGGUGGGAUUCAAGAUCUCCAAGAUCAUCGUGGUGGGCGACCUGUCGGUGGGGAAGACCUGCCUAAUCAACCGCUUUUGCAAGGACACAUUCGACAAGAACUACAAGGCGACCAUCGGGGUGGAUUUCGAGAUGGAGCGAUUUGAGGUGCUGGGGGUGCCCUUCAGCCUUCAGCUGUGGGACACGGCCGGCCAGGAGCGCUUCAAGUGCAUCGCCUCCACCUACUACCGGGGAGCACAAGCCAUUGUGAUCGUCUUCGAUGUCAACGAUGUGGCGUCCCUGGAGCACACACGGCAGUGGUUGGCUGACGCUCUGAAGGAGAACGACCCCUCCAACGUGAUCCUCUUCUUGGUGGGCUCCAAGAAGGAUCUGAGUACACCGGCACAGUACAGCCUGAUGGAGAAGGACGCUCUCAAGGUGGCCCAGGAGAUGCAGGCAGAGUACUGGGCUGUCUCCUCGCUCACUGGGGAGAACGUGCGGGAUUUCUUCUUCCGUGUGGCGGCCCUGACCUUUGAGAGCAGCGUGCUGGCCGAGCUGGAGCGCAGCCACACCCGCAGGAUCGGCGACACCGUGCGGAUCAGCAGCAACGAGAGCGACCUGUACCUGUCAACACCCCGCAAGAAACCCAAGUGCUGCCAGUGAGGGGGCACCCCCUGCGCCCGCCAUGCUCACACCUAUGGACCAAAGAGGGGCGACCCUGGCCGGCCCCAAGGAGCCGUCCCUGCCACUCCCCAGCCCCCCUGGCCCCUCGCCUGCCCAGGCACCCCUGGCCAGGGUGGGCAGGAGCACCCAUGCGGCUCCUGUAGCUAUGCAAACCCAGGUACUGCUCACAGAGGGAGAUGCCCUUUUGUCUUAAUAAAAUGGUUUUUUAUGCUUUUUAA